GUGAACGUACCUCCAAUGUUGGUACCAAGCUUGAUUGAUUGUGCCACGCUUUGCGCUAGAAGAAGCAAAUGCGUCUCAUUCUUCUUCAACCUUUUGGAGUCCCUCUGCCAGUUCGAUGGGAAGAUAUAUGUAUCAUUUGACGGGGGCAGCGCUGGUUUCUGGAGCUAUUACGAACUGGAGAUGACGAAUGUGGCAGCCUUCAAACCAGUUACAAUGAGCUCUGAGAGUAACCCUCCCGCCCACUCCCCACAUUAUGCCGUGGAUGACAAAGUAGUAAAAACAAUAUGGGCGCAGGAGUGCGUGCACACAAAGGGUGAACUUACCCCGUGGGUGAUCAUUGACUUAGAAGCCACCUUCGAUGUUGAAUACGUCACACUUUUUAACAGAAUCGAUGAACAUGGUGACCGCCUUCGUGCUAUCUCCGUUUAUCUGGGUGAAGUAAGUGGUUCAUUUCCGGUCCUCUGUGGGGGAUUUGAUGGUCCCGGAGAAGAUGCCCAGGUUGUUCAUGUUGUAUGUAAUGAACCGACAAGUGCACGGUUUGUCAAAAUUCAACUGAGCAAUUCCCAAACAUUUUUUUACCCUAUAACUUUAUGUGAAAUUCGAGUUUUAACGUUUAAUGCAUAGAUGUACGUGUCAUUAUUAUAUAACUUUAAAGGGGCAUGGUCACGAUUUUGAUCAAAUUCAAUUUUACUAUUUUUAUUAUUUGCAAUGCUUUAGAAAUGUAUUUCUAAUGAUCAAGAGAAAUUUGAGAGUCAAUCGUAGAUUUAUAAGCAAGCUUAAGAUACGUGGCUCACAACACUUUGUCAUGUAAACAAGGUUCGUGCCCUGUUUUUGUUUACAUAGGUUCAAUAUACCAGUAAAAACAUCUUUUUUAAUCUGAUUUGUCGAUAUUUUUUAUUCAUUUUAAGUAUAAA